GUGUCUAAACACACUGAUAACUCAUCGUUACAGAUCUGCUGAUUGUGCUGUGGCUUUAAAAACAAACGGAUCACCUCGGCGGGCGUUACUUACUGAUUUCGCUCCUUCUCUCACACACCUGCCAGUUAAAAAAGCAACGAUGAGACUGGCGUUGGCAUUUUUAGUCUUUGCGCCCGUUUUUGUCGCGGCAACAUCACUUCCACAAGCACGUUCAAAGCGAGUCGUACCACCAAAUAAAAAAGUGGUGUGUUACUUUACCAACUGGAGUACGUAUCGAACCGGAAAAGACAAAUUCACCCCAGCCGACAUCGAUCCCAAUCUUUGCACUCAUAUAAUAUAUGCCUUUGCCAACAUUGAUGUGGACGGUCUGACGAUCGAGGCCUCAGAUGCCUACGCUGAUUUAGAGGAAAAUGGCGGACUUGGCCACUUCAAAGCAAUUACGAACAUGGCGAAACAGCAUCCUCAUCUAAGUGCCUUACUUGCAAUCGGUGGCUGGAACGCAGGCUCCUAUGGGUUUAUUAAAGUUACCAAAGAUCAACAAACCAUGGAAACCUUUGCCAGAAACACUGCUAAAUUUCUGCGAGACCAUGAUUUUGAUGGUUUAGAUGUGGAUUGGGAAUAUCCAGUGGAACCGUACAAAUCUUCAUUCACUCGUUUGGUGCAGGUCCUUAGACGGGAGUUUGACGCAGGACAGCCACGGUUGUUGCUAACGUCCGCUGUAUCCGCAGGCAAAGGCACCAUUAACGUCGCUUAUGAUGUACCAGCGCUUGCAAGGGACCUUGAUUUUAUCAAUGUAAUGACGUACGAUUUCAAUGGUGGCUGGAGCUCCCACGUAGGUCUAAACAGCCCGCUGUACGGAAGAUCCACAGAGAAAGAAUGGCAAAGAGCCGAACUUAACGCCAACGCCGCUAUGAAGUACUGGGAACAGCUCGGAGCGCCCAAAUCUAAGCUUGUAAUGGGUAUGCCCACCUACGGCAGGACGUUUAGGCUCAAGUUCCCCACCGAGUACCGCGUCGGAGCCCCAGCUAUGGGGGCUGGUGUGGGCUACAACUGGGAGGCAGGGUACCAACCGUACCAUCAAAUAUGCACAAUGGUGACUGAAGGAGGCUAUCAGCCAUUCUGGCAUUCCGAGCACAUGGCUCCGUAUGCCGUCAAUUUGGAAAACUGGAUUGGGUUCGACGACAAAAAAAGUAUUGCAUUAAAGACUCAGUACGCUAUCGAUAACGAUUAUGCUGGCGCUAUGAUCUGGGCACUGUCUUUGGACGAUUUUAAUGGUGAACAUUGCUCAAUGGGAAAGUACCCUCUACUAAGGACAAUCAACGAUGUUUACAACAAUAAGGUGGAUCCCGACGCUCUUCCAAUCCCAUUUGAAGAAGUGCGUGGAGGUUAUGUGGAAGGAACAAGCACAGGUGGCAGUGGACCUAUCGGAGGUGGUACUGGUACCGGCAAUGGCGGUACUGGCGGUGGCACCAUUGGUGGUGGUACCGGAGGUGGAGAUACAGAAACGCCGAAAGAGAAAUGGUGUUACAUCCCAACUCUCCAACCAUUCUGUCCACAAGGAACCUGCACCAAACCUGGGGAGGCAGCUCACCCAUCUGAUUGUACAAAAUACUGUAGCUGUGUCUGGGAUCAGAACAAUAAUGCCUACAUUGAAUGGGCACGAUGUUGCCCCGAAAACCAAUAUUUUGACCCCAGUCGAAAAUGGUGUGUGAGGAACGCGGCAGUUUGCCCCACUGGGACAAUUGGAGAUGGAGGACAGGGGGGAGGAGCCGUGACACAGGCACCUGCUCUGCCAGAUCUCACUAUGGCAGGUUCUUGUCCAACAGAAUGUCCGCUUGGCGACGGAAAGUACCAACAUCCAACAGACUGUUCGAAAUAUUGUACAUGUGACAUUGCCGGCAACAACAAGAUAACCGAGGAGCGCUGCCCCGAAUUUACAUACUACAACCCAGAUAUUUCACUGUGUGAUUACUCAAAUGCAGUUUGUGGUAAUACUGGUGGUAAUUCUGGCGGCAACACUGGUGGCAGUACUGGUGGUGAUUCUGGUGGCAACACUGGUGGCAGUACCGGUGGUGAUUCUGGCGGCAACACUGGUGGCAGUACCGGUGGUGAUUCUGGAGGCAACACUGGUGGCAGUACUGGUGGUAACACUGGUGGAGAUAUGGGCGGGAACAAUGGCGGAAACACAGAUAGUGGCACUGGAAACACUGGUGGCAGCGGUGGGGUUAUUGAUUCCGAAGCUGGAACUUGUCCACCAGACAUUUGCAUCGGUUCGUUAAGCAUAAUUCAUCCACACCCCACGAACUGUGCACUCUACUGUUCGUGUGAUAUCACCGGGAGCGGCAGGGUGUUCCAGCAGUCGUGUCCAGCUGGGCUGUACUAUGAUCCCGUCAAUUUUUGGUGUGACUAUACCUGCAAACAAAAUUACGGCAGCGGUAGCAACACCGGUACAAGUGGCGGCAGCGGUGGUACAAGUGGCGGUAGCGGUGGCACAAGUGGCGGUAGCAGUGGUACAAAUGAUGGUGGUAGCGGCCCAAGUGGCGGAAGCAGUGGUACAAGUGGCGGAAGCAGUGGCACAAGUGGCGGAAGCACUGGCACAAGUGGCGGAAGCAGUGGUAGCAUCGAUGGCAGCACCGGUACAAGUGGUGGUGGUAGUAGCGACAGUGAUACUACUGGAGGAAGCAGCGGCUCAAGUGGCGGUAGCAACGAAGGCACCGAAAACAACGCAGAUUGCUCUACUGUCUUCUGUGAAAAAUGGUGGCCUUACCAGCGUCACCCGUCAGACUGCGGCAAAUAUUGCGAAUGCUUACAACUGAACGGAUACUAUGCUAUAGAACGGGCCUGCAGCGCUGGGCUUCACUAUAACACUGCCGGAUACUGCGACUUCCAAGCAAAUGUCAAUUGUUAAAACUGAACGUUUUCAUAAACGUCAGCUGGUCUGAAAACAGUAUUUUAAUACCUUACUAGUAUAUAUAUAACUGCCCGUAUUUUUACCUCACUAUUUUUAUACAUUUGUUAAUAAGUUUGUGGUUAAUGUCUGUGAAUAAAA